AUGAAGUUUAGUUCGCUAUGUAUGCUGGCGUCUGUUGCUGCGCACAGCAAGGCGGCCAAGAACGUUGCUGAUCUCUCCUAUGUCAAGCUGGAUUUUGACAAGUACUACGGUGAGACUUUCGAGACUGCGAAGCGUGGUCGCAGUCAGGCUGAUAUUAGGGUGAACAAGCGUGCUAACGGCUACGAGGAAGUGCAGAUUACCAACCAGAACAGUUUCUACUCGGUCACUUUGGAAGUCGGUACGCCACCACAGUCUGUUGUUGUGCUGGUGGAUACUGGUUCCUCGGACCUGUGGAUCACCGGCUCAGAUAACCCUUACUGUAGGGGCUCCACGGGCACGAGUGGUAAGAACAUGCUUCUCGAGGCUGAGCUAAAGAGGGCGCUUGAGGACGCCAGGGAUAUCGCUAAGGAGAGAACUACUCUCGCACCACGCGACGACGAGCACAACGACGGUCUCUUGAGCUGGCUGACGGGAUCAGACGGUUUGCUAGGUGGCCAAGGCGGUACCACCAUCACAUUGACAGACUCCGCUCAGCCAACUGCCGCCGGCACUUCUAAUGGCGCAAGAGCUACCAUCAACUGUGCCAAGUACGGUACUUUCGACACAUCCAAGUCUUCCACUUGGCACUCUAAUGACACAGCUUUCAUGAUUCAAUACGGUGACUCCACCUUCGCCUCCGGUACAUGGGGUAUGGACAACUUGCACCUGUCAGACUUGAACGUCACUGGUUUGUCCUUCGCCGUCGCCAACAGAACUAACUCCACUGUCGGUGUCCUGGGUAUCGGUCUUCCAGCCCUAGAAGUUACAUACUCCGGCAGAACCGCUGUUUCGGGUCAAAGGCCAUACCAAUAUGACAACUUUCCACUGGUGCUGCUAAGAAACGGCGCCAUUAAGUCGAACUCGUACUCUCUAUUCCUAAACAAUGCAUCCGCAGAAACCGGAAGUGUUUUAUUCGGUGCCGUCGACCACUCCAAGUACUUGGGUGACUUGUACACAAUCCCUAUGGUUAACACUUACGCAUCUCAAGGUUACAAGAACCCUAUCCAAUUUGAAGUUACCCUAAAUGGUCUAGGUAUCUCUUCCUCUAGUGACAACACUACCAUCACUACUACAAAGAUCCCCGCCCUAUUGGACUCUGGUACCACCUUAACUUACCUACCACAAGCUCUAGUCACCCGUAUUGUUCAAAAGUUGCAGGCUACUUACUCGAACAGAGCCGGUUACUACGUCUUCUCCUGUCCAAGCCAGUCCGAUGACACUGAAGUUGUCUUCGACUUCGGCGGAUUCCACAUCAACGCUCCAAUUACAAACUUCAUCAUCGGUUCUUCUGGUGACAGUUGUAUCUUGGGUAUCAUGCCACAAUCUGGCGGAGGUAUUAUCUUGGGUGACUCUUUCUUGAAUUCUGCCUAUGUCGUCUACGACCUGGAAAACUACGAAAUUUCAAUGGCACAAGCCAACUAUGCCGGCGGCCAAGAGGAUAUCGAGGUUAUUAGCUCAAGUGUGCCAGGUGCCGUCCGUGCCCCUGGUUUCUCUAGUACUUGGAGUACUCUAGCUACAAGUUUCAAUACUCAAGGUGACAUCUUCACUGUGCAAGCAGCUGCCACUGUAAGUGGAUCCGCUACCAACACCGGAACCGGUCGUGCCACUGCUACUGGUAAUUCGAACUCUACUCGCUCAACUACAAGCCGUUCUCGUACCUCUGCUACAUCUACUAGAUCUGACAGUCAAAAGAAGAACGAUGCUUCAAGAACAUCAUUUACUUCUACUUUGCUAUUCGUCGCUGGUCUUUUGGUUUCAUUUAUCUAA